UUGGUGGGUACACAAAAGGAAGCUUCUGCCCACAGCUUGGGAGCAGUCAAGUCCAGGUUCUAGAACAAUCUGUCCUCGCCCUUGCUGGGCAGUCUGCUUCCUUCUCCAGCCAGCCUGUGCAUCUUGCUGCCGUCCCAAACUGAGAUGGACAAGUCCCUGCUCCUGCUCCUGCUGCUGGCAAUCUUCCCUUUUGUGUUCUUCCAAGGAGUGGCUCCAGCCACAACGUGUAUGGUCUGCAGUCUUUUUAGAAAGGGCAAAUGUAAGGCAGGCAAAGGCAACUGCACCGUGGAGGAAGGCCCAGGAUGCAGAACCAGGGAUAUAUUCUAUUUCAAUAUAAGAGAUGGAUUUCGCUACAACCACACUCAGCUGGACUGCUCCAAUGAGUGUAAGUCCUGGAAACUGAUACGUGGGGACCUGAAGGUUUCAAGCUUUUGCUGUAAAGGUCAAGAUUUCUGCAAUAAGUACAGAGGGAAGUCGUUGUACUGGAAGCCUCGCUAACUGUUCUUCCCCUGUUGGUGGAGGUGUCCACUCCCCCGUCCCCAUCCUUGGCCAUCCUUGACCCUCUCUGGGCCUCUCUCCCUCCACAUGUGCUCCUGAGGAGCACGCAACAUCUUCCCGUCUCCUCCCAGUUCCCCUCCUCACUUCCCUCCUGCCCACGGGCUCUUGCCCCCCCAACACCAGACACUGUCUGGUCACCCUUGGUGUCAUCUCACCUGCAAAUGCAGCUCUCCUCACCCUGUAUCUCCUCCUCCUUCACAAACACUUGGCUUCUCUGGCUGACAGGCUGCCUGGUUUCUAGUCCCACAACUCAGGAGUGACUGUGAUGUACCCAGACAGGGCAGGGGUUCCAUUUCGCACAUCAGGAGUUGGAGGGGUCAGUGGAAAACUCAGGAAAACCUGUCCCACUGGCAGAUGGACAGAGAAGAAGGUGCCAAGGCCUGCGGCAGCAGAGAUGGACUCACCAGCUUUAGAGGCUACGCACAUUCUCUGAACCUACUGAUGGCUUCCAUUGUCCGGGGAGGGGAGUGGGAGCAGGGCUGGUGAAUCACAGACACAGGAGACCACGGGAAUGGAAAGUGGGUGAAGGGGCGCCUGGGUGGCUCAGUUGGUGAAGCGACUGCCUUUGGCUCAGGUCAUGAUCCUGGAGUCCCGGGAUCGAGUCCCACAUCGGGCUCCCUGAUCAGCGGGGGGUCUGCUUCUCCCUCUGACCCUCUUCCCUCUCAUGCUCUCUGUCUCUCAUUCUCUCUCUCUCUCUCAAAUAAAUAAAUAAAAUCUUAAAAAAAAAAAAAGAAAGUGGGUGAAGGCCACAGAAGCAGGUGGGGACCCAGGACAGAGGAGCAUCGCUAUCUGUUUUCUGUGACAACCGGCAGGUGAUUGGCAGAGCAGGUUGAAAGGAGAAAUGGCACAGGAGUCACAUGGCAGAGGGUUGAGGAAUGAAGGGACCGUGACAGGAGGACAUAGGGAGUAUGGGCAGCUCUUCCAAGGAGCUUGGGAGGAACUGAGAAAGUGGGACAGUAUCUUUUAUAAGAACAGUGAAUUUCAUACGUUCUUAGGCAAGGAAAGAUUUGUAUCUUCUUUUUAGUGUAAAAUGCUUCUGUUAUUAUUUUUAUAGGAAUAUUUGUCACCACCUAAUUAUCUUUUCAAUGUGUAUUUUAAAACCUCUAUCACCACUUCUAUAUAUAUUCUUCCCACUCUUUUGACCUCUCCUUCUUUUUCCCUUUAUAUUACAUUUCCUCUG